CUUAAACUUUUCUUGGAAAAUGAAAAAUUUGUCAGAUAGUACAAUACGUAUUCUGGCACGAUUAGAGCGUUGUACGUGGAUGCACCGUCCUGUUGAAACCAACAGUUUCCAACUUUUGGUUUUUUGUGUGCCAUAGAUCAUCGUACCUAUGCUAUUUAAUUGCGCAACUUUACCCUCUUUUAUGCCAUACUAAUAAGGGAAAAGCAAAACGCACGCGUGCUUCUGGUUUUCAAAUGGACAAAACCACAUGAGAAAACAAAAAGUACAGUUGCAUUUAGAGACUGUGAACGAAAUAGUCAUUUUCACACCGACUUGCUAUACUUUUUCCGACCCAGUAAGUCGUUUUAUUCUUGAGGGAAUACGAUUUUCUUACACGAAUGAAUUGCAAAUUUUAAAUUACUUUUCUAGUCUAACUAAAACUGCGUAUAAUAUCGCAAUAAAUCGAUUCCCAUUAACUUAAAAAUGUUCCCCGUCCCUUAAAAUACUAUAAAAAUAUGGAAAACGAUUUUUAAUGGUGACGUGAUAAUAAAACGUUUAUUCAAACUGAUAAGAUUUUAACUACAGCUUUGAAAUCCAAAUACGACAAUACCUACGUAGGUAGUGAAUAAAUGUUUGAUGUUAUUCUUUUGUUAUGAUGGCAUGGGGUAGUUAACGGCUAUUAUCCUGCGCAUCUGUACAUAUUAGCAUUUAAUAACGCAUUUUAAUGCUGACACAUAUGACUGGGGCUGUAGUUUAAUAGUAGAGUUUGAAAAGAAUUCAAGUAAAAACUUCGUGGCAACGUGUAGUGCAAACAACCAAAAUGACCAACGGAUUAGCAAAAAUGUGCAACGACUUGCCUAAACUGUAUAAUUUUGGAGAUGAAUAUAUGGAUUUAAUUCCAGAAGGAAAUGACCCAGAGACGAAGAAGGGUGAAAUUCGAAAGUUAGGAAAGAUGCUUCGAGACGAACACAUAACGAUUGUAACUACACAAAACAAGCCACUACACUACGUAGUAGAGGAUAGUAACGGACAGUUGGUUGGGAAAGGGGCAGCUUUCGAUUUACUUCACUACAUCAAAGAGCAAUACGAAUUUAAUUACACUGUAACUCUGUACAAAGAUCAAGGUUUGGGAAACAAGAACGCAAGUAUUAUCAGAGAACUCGGCGAAGGCCGUGCCGAUAUAGCAGUAGCAUUCGUGCCGAUACUUCCUGGAGUGGACACUGCAUUGGACUAUUCCCCAAUCUUAGAUCUUGGAGAAUGGAUGUUGUUAAUGAAACGGCCAAGCGAGUCCGCAACCGGUUCAGGAUUACUGGCACCCUUUACCUCUGACGUUUGGAUCUUAAUUUUGAUAUCACUAAUCUCCAUGGGUCCGAUAGUGUCGCUCCUAAUACUCUGGCACAAAAAGCUUUGUCCGGGAGAACAGAAUCUUACGCACAGUCUAUUCGAAUGCGUCUGGUUCGUUUAUGGAGCGAUUAUAAAACAAGGCUCGACCAUGUACCCAACUGCAGACUCGACCAGGUUACUCUUUGCGGUGUGGUGGAUUUUUAUAACAAUACUGACCGCCUUCUACACAGCUAAUUUAACCGCUUUUUUAACCAUUUCCAUGUUUACACUACCAGUCUCGAAAGCGGAAGACAUCGGCGCGAAAAAGUACAGUUGGAUUGCAGACGAUGGCGGAGUAAUUCAAUGGGCCAUGGAUGACGUCUUGCAGAAACCUUUGCACAAUUCGAUACCAAUCUACAAAAACGAUAGGGAUGCAAAGGUUAUCAUGGAGGACUAUGUGAGGGUUCAAAAUUAUCUAUAUAUUAACGAUAGACUAAUUCUGGAGGAUAUGUUGUAUAAUGACUACAUGAAUCGAACAAAGAAAGACGUUCCGGAAUCUGAGCGGUGUGUCUUUGUUAUAACGAAGUGGCCAAUAUUAACUAUCGAGAGGGCCUUUGCUUACAAAAAGAAUUUCAAAUACAAACCCCUCUUUGAUAAAAUAUUGUCACAUUUGGUCGAGAGCGGAGUAGUGAAGUUUAAGAUGCAAGAACAUUUACCAAAGGCGUCAAUUUGUCCCCUCAACCUAAAAUCGAUAGAGCGACAACUACGAAAUACCGAUUUUCUUCUAACAUAUUACAUUAUUUCCUGCGGAUUUGGAUCAUCUUUGUUAUCUUUCCUUGUAGAGUCGCUGAUUGGUUAUCAGUACAAAAAGAAACUGAAAAAGGCCAAGGCAGUCGAAAACGAUGAUUUGACAAGCAUGCCACCCCUUCCCCCUCCAUACCAUACCUUAUUUCAGGAACCAUUUAACUACCCGUUCGGUCAGAAGGAAAAUAUAAAUGGGAGAGAAUACUGGGUUGUACCUUCGGAUCGUGGCAAGGAAAUUGUACCCGUGCGAGCUACAUCCGCUAUGAUGUUCCAAUACACGCAUUAAACAGUUGCUCUUCUUCGACAUUUUUUUUUUCAUCUUUUAAUUCGGUGGCGCACCAAACUUCUAUGAAUACAAAAGUCGCACAGUUUUAUUUAGUUUGGAGUGAACAUAAAAACCUGCUCAAAUAUGGUAAGUUUCAUCGCUUUCCCUAACAUACCUACCUAUCAAUAUGAACGCAUGUUGCUACAACUAUGACAUCAAAAGAUCCUACGCGAAUCAUAUAGUAUGUAGCAUACAUAAUACUGAAAUUGACCCGCAUUAUAAGAGAUAAUGUUUGUUAGUUUUACAAUAGGCUCAUUAGGAACAAUCUUACGUUUUAAGUUCGAUUGAUCUAUAAAGGCCGAGUUAUGGGAUGUACAGACGGACAGAUGUCGGAACAUAUCUAUGGAUUGUUCACAGGUUUUUAGGAAGUAAUGCAAUAAUAGCAUUUUUUUAAUUUGUAGAUAUUAAUUUAUAAGUAAAUAAUUUCAUGUGGGGAGUCCAAUUAUGGUGCUUUCCAACUUUCUAACGCAUCAAAACGAAUUACCUCCGUUAUUAAAAUUUAAAACGGUUCUAGGACAUGGAAAACUAUAAACAUGUAGAAUCUACAUAGUUUCCACGAGAGAAGAAAUGAAUAGAAUUAAAAUUAAAAUCCUCUUGGCGCUGAAGAUACUUUGUUUAGAUGAACUAAAUAAAACUGUAGUUACUUAUUUGGGGAUGCUAGACUUUAUCUCUCAACUUUAUAAAACAAAUUUUGUGUUGAAAGUAGGUAUUCACGAAAAUUAUGCAUUUUAUUCCAUGUUAUAAUUAACAAACAUCAAUGGUCAAUGUGUAAAGUUAACGGACAUCAUAAAAAUCCAUUUAUACUAAGAAUCUCGUUACAAGUCCAGAGCAUAACCGACGUAAGUUAUUUAUUGACGAGCAAAUAUUUGCUUAGGAGGAUAAAUAGGGCACUUCGUAUGUCACAAUACAAAAAAUACGUAUGUACAUAUAGGUAAAUAAUCGCGUUCUCCGUUGUGGUGGACUCAGGUUGGUGGAGAAAUACUUAUUAUCCUGCGCACCCCAACGCAUUUGUUUUAGAUAUAAUAGAUAUACAGUAAAGCGGGGGACAGUCCAUUGGGGGGUUUUCGUUAAAGCAAAGUGUUGUUCUAGAAUUGCUAAAGGUGUUCUGGUGUUUAAUACAGUGUGUUGAAAAAAUAAUGGCAUUAAACAACAUAUUGAAAACUAUUUGUCCAGGAAACACCUGUGACGAUCUGAAAAAUGCACCAACUGUUGACAAUCGCUAUGAAUUUACUCCACGUAAGAUGCUUAUUAAUUGUUUCAUUUUUACUAUAAUAACUGCAACCCGGCAUAGAAUUGAAGGGUCUGAUUGCUUGUUUUGUAUAUUGUUUAUAUUCAGUUAGCACUUUCUAUUGGAGAGCUAGAGAGAAGUUUAGAUAGGGAAAUAUAAACAGUUUUAGAAUUUGAAAAACAAUUUAUAAAUCUGGAAUUUGUAAAGCAAAACAUUAUGGGCUCUUUUUCAACGAAUGUCACGACUCACUAUAUGCAAGUAGUAGGUAAAAUCAUGAUUUUUAUUCAUUGUUAAACUUUUCAAUGCCUAUGACAAUAAUAUUGACAAAUUGUCCUUUCUUUUGCAUCUUUUGUUUCCUGUUAAAAAAAUGAAAAUAAAAAGGUACAUAAUAAUUCAUUUCAAUUCAAGAAUUAGAGAUUGGAAAUAAAUGCUUUGACAUGAUUUAAUAUUCGUUCUACUCGCAUAAAGAUUACUUAUUUUUUUAGAAAUGGACUAGGUAACGUCUAAUUCUAGACGAAAGUUUAAUCAGUAAGCUCCCUGUUCUGUUUCUUCUCAAUAAUUUUUGAUUCAUAUCAAAUCCUGUAUGUAAUACUCUAUACUCGACUCUAUACAAACUGAAGAGACUGGUCGAACCAAUCCAUUGUAGAAAACAAAAUUCAAAAAACCUCUAUCCAUUCUCGCGUUAUUGCACAAACAGACAGACAGGCGCGCACGGUUACAUAACAAGCUUUUCAACCAUGUU